UUCUCCGAGGCGAUCGAAUUCGAAGCUGCUUCAAGCCUUAGGAAGAAGAAAAAAUCUCUUUUUCGUGCCUAAGAAUCAGAUUGUGAAGGUUUCACACCGAUCGAAGCUUUUUUGCUGAACUUGAGAAGAAUUCGGAUUCGUGUUUGGUUCAUUCAUCGAUCGCAAUCCAUCAUGAGUUUCAUCUUUGGCAAGCGAAAGACUCCUGCAGAACUCCUGCGGGAAAACAAGAGGAUGUUGGAUAAGUCUAUCAGGGAGAUAGAGAGGGAGAGGCAAGGUCUGCAAACACAAGAAAAGAAACUGAUCGCCGAGAUAAAAAAGACUGCCAAGCAGGGCCAGAUGGGAGCUGUUAAGGUGAUGGCAAAGGACCUGAUCCGAACCCGACAUCAGAUUGAAAAGUUUUACAAGCUUAAAUCCCAACUCCAAGGCGUUUCUCUCAGGAUCCAGACAUUGAAAUCGACACAAGCAAUGGGAGAGGCGAUGAAAGGGGUGACGAAAGCGAUGGGACAGAUGAACAGGCAGAUGAACUUGCCGUCACUGCAGAAGAUCAUGCAAGAGUUUGAGAGGCAGAACGAGAAGAUGGAGAUGGUCUCCGAGGUGAUGGGAGACGCCAUCGACGAUGCUUUGGAAGGCGACGAGGAAGAGGAAGAAACGGAAGAACUCGUCAGCCAGGUUCUAGACGAGAUCGGUAUCGACAUCAACCAAGAGCUGGUGAAUGCUCCAUCGGCAGCAGUGGCAGCGCCUGCAGCGAAGAACAAGGUGGCUCAGGCGGAGGCAACGGGAGGAAACGAUGACGGAGGAAUAGACAGCGAUCUUCAGGCGAGGCUAGACAACCUACGUAGAAUGUGAGUCUUUUUUUUUUAAUAACAUCAAAGUUGAUCCCGGAGGGUCAUAUCACAUACUCAACGAUUUCUAACAGUUGAUAUUUGGCAUUGCGAUUAUGUUUUUUAUUUUGUAUAAACUCCGUUUGUAUAUAUAUAUACACAAUUACUUACUCCUAGUACUGUUUAUA